UCUCAAGUCAGCCAAUCACAUGACGCGCUUCAAGGAAAGUCACGGAGCGUUAACACCGUUCCUGCUCUUGAAAACACUUUCAUAAAUCCUCCAUAUUUUGUCUGCCCGUCAAGCGUGAGGGUGUUGUCGGAGAUGAACAGCGUCGGAGAGUCCUGCACCGACCUGAAACGGGAGUACGACCAGUGCUUCAACCGCUGGUUCGCCGAGAAGUUCCUGAAGGGGGACCGCAGCGGCGACCCGUGCACCGAGACCUUCCGGAAGUACCAGCGGUGCGUUCAGAAGGCCAUCAAGGAGAAGGACAUCCCGAUCGAUGGAGUGGAGUUUAUGGGCCCCAACAAGGACAAGCCCGAGAGCUGAUGGAGAGGAACGUCACCAUAACCAUCAGUACUGAUAUCAAAACACCAUAUUGACCGUGGUGGGUCCACGAGGCCCACUGAGCAUGCGCAGAAGCAGAGCUGAGCGGGAUGAGGAGCGCGAACCGCAAACAUCGACUGUGUGCGUUUGUGCUAACCAGCGGCGGAUUUAGACUUCAAACACGCAAAACUGAGCCCAGAACCGAAGGGUUGUUUCAUUUAAGUUUUCUAUUUCAUGUCUGCUGCUUGUCUGUGUGAGUUCGUUAACUUGACUAAUGUUAUAGUCACUCGAUUAACCGCUGCUAAAAUGAAUCAGCGACCAUAAUGAUCCAUUAACUGUUUUAAGUCAUUUCCAAAGUAAAACCAGAUGGGCCUCUGGUUGUGGGAACUGCCGCUUUUCUGUGUUCUUUGCUUGUCUUUGGGUUUUGGAGGAAAGAAAUUGUGAUGGACGUUUAUUUCUACUUUCAGACAUUUUAUAAACUAAAAGAGGAAUAGAUUAGCUCGAAUUAUAAUUACUGGGUCAGUCAAUGAUGAGAGCGAUUAGCUGGGAUUACUGUGAUUCAUAGUCAUGACACAUUACUGAUCUCUGAAGUGACAUCUUUGUCCCUAAAGUUUACUUAUUAUUGUUUUGUCUUUGUGUUUUUGUCUUUGUUUACACUGUCUUACAUUUCAGGCAGUUCUCAUGUGAAGACAUGGCAUUUGUAAACAGAAGAGGCUAACUUUGAAAGAUCUUAAAUUGUGCUUCAUUCAUGUAAAAACAAGAGUAAACAGUAAAAUUAAACGGGAUGGAAAGUG